AUGGAAUCGUUUCCAUCUCUGCUCGAGCGCACAGUAGCCUCAGCUCUCCUCCUCCUCUCCACCCCACCACCCUCUCUCUCUCCUCCGACCGGUGAAAGCAAUUUGAGUGUGGAUUCGGAGAAGAGCAGCUUGGCGUUGAGUGCUUCGAGGUCGAGUUCUUCGACGGUGACUAACGACGACGGUUCUUCGGUGGAGGCUCGGGCUCGUCCGCUCUGCAUGAUCGCUGCCGUUGCUCGGUGUCAUGACAUGAACCUCAAGGUGGUGCGAAAGAGUCGAUCGAAGAAAAUCUGGAGAUGCGACACCAGAAAACUGAUCUCCAUCGGAAAACCAAUAGGAGUUUCAUCGGAACGGGGAUCUGAGACGACGUCGUCGUGUCUGUCGAGCAGCUCGAGCGCCGUUUCCACCGGGCGUAGCAGAGGAGGAGGUUGGAAGAAGGAGGGGGCUUCGUUGGCUGGGAAUUCGAAAACGGAGCUGCCAAGGGUAGUCAAGCCGGGUAUACUGCGCCGCCGAGCCGAAGCCAUCAAACGGCUCUUGUCAAAUGGAUGCACUCCCACUUCUGAAGUGAGGAUUCGUCAGCUGCUAGGCGAUAGCCCUGACACCAGCAAAGCCUUGAGAAUGUUGUUGAAGCAUGAAGAGAUCAAGAGGUCGGGGGCAGGUGGUCGAAGUGACCCCUAUCUUUACAUGAUAGCAUGAACAGUAACAACAAGGCAUCAUACAUACUCAAAGGCGUAGUUAUCCCAGUAUCUCCUAUGGAAAAUUUUGGCUUUGAUCUCAACAAGGUAAUUGUCUGAUUAUAAAUAGGAUUGCUUGAUCAGUAUGUAACUCGGUAUAGAGCUUUAGCCUUGUUCAAUUUUCUUCUGAAUUUUUUUUUGUGGCCGUGAAAAGAAAGGAUCACAACAUUUAUACUGCAAAACUUUACCCGUAACAUAGGGUUCGAUGUCACAAUUAAUUGUU